AUGCUGUCCCGGGGUCAAGUGCUGGCCUCGUCGUUCACGGUCAUCUUCGCGCUACUUGUGGUGGGGAAUUCGGCGGCAUCUUCGCGUUUCCGCCACCACAGUGGAUUCUUCGCUCAAGGAGACCCAACUGUGCCUGUUCCAGCUUCGAAUGCACCUCGCAUGGGUCUCGUGGAAGGGAAAACGUGGGAAGACGUCCAAGCUGCGAUGGAUCCGAGUGGCGCUCGCAUGAAGCUUGUUGUAUUUUUGCGCCACGGAGAGGGGACACACAACGUGGCCAUCGAAAAGUACGGCAGUGACGCGUGGAACUCGUACUACUGCAAGUUGCCGGAGUUUUUGGAUGCGCCAUUGACCCCCAAAGGCGUCCAGCAAGCGACUGAAGCGUCAGCAAGGCUCAACACAGAGACCAGCCGUGGUUUACACCUCGAGCACGUGCUGAUGUCCCCGCUCGAGCGUGCACUGAAGACUUUUACCAUCGCCUACCAGAGCCAGAAGAACGUUAGCAGCAAACCUUUGGAGCUGCCUCGAGAGAUCUUGGGCGUUGACACUUGUGACGAGCGUCGCAGCAUUUCGGAGAAGAAGCGGCAAUACCCAGACCUGGACUUCAGUGGAUUUGAAUCGGAUGCAGACCCGUGGUGGACUCCGGACCACCGUGAGACGGACUCUGAGCUGGAGGCCCGCGCGAACAAGUUCCUGGAAGUGCUGUUUUCUGACGUGUCGGCGCAACGUGUGGGCGUUGUCUCGCACAGUGUGUUUGGCGCUGCACUUCUCCGCGUGAUCGGCCACCGUGAGUACAGCCUUGGUACAGCCGAAUUUCUGCCGCUUCUCAUUGAGGAAGCGUAG